AUGGAUCUCUCCUCGCUGGAAGGUCCUCCAAUUGCGGACACCAGGUUCUCCAAUCCCGCUCAAAGCGCCGCCAAUAUCCCUCAGAUUCGUUUUGAUACCACAUUCAGUCCUGUGAGCCCACUGGGACCGAACAGCUGGGACCUACCCCCACGGCCCGCCUCCACCAGCGCCCUUUCUCCCCGCAGCAAGCACUCGAACACAUCGUCCAAUGACUUCUGGCAAAGCAUGCAUCCCAACGUCACCGAACGAAGUUUCCGUACGCCUCCGAACCAGUCCCUUAACCCAGGAUCAUCCCGAGGGUUCUCUCGCUUUACCACCACCCUAACGCCAGCACCACGAUCUUCGCGACCUCACUCGAACAGCGUAUCAACUCCACACCAGCUAGUUUGGGUGGAAAGCGAGCAGAUAUGGAUUGUGACAGCGCGGACAACAAGCCAUACGCCUGCGCUACAUGAACGACCUCGGUCUUCGUCGUCUAACCCAGGGCAAGCUGGAGAAACUGCAUCAAUAUCUCGUUCCCGACUCAUGAACCGAUACUCUUCAGCAGAUCUCCUGACGGAUACCGAUACUGACGAUCUCCCUCCUCCUUAUGAACAGCAUGUCUACGACCAACCCAUAGGACCUAUUUUACCCGCCGUUACGAGAGUGCGUCCUGAGGAACUGCCGCAGCGGGGAUCUCGAUGGGCGGCCAUUGGACGACGAGUGACAUGA